AUGUCCAACACAUGCUCCCCACAUACGCCCACAGAAGAGAUCGCGACGGGCCGGGGCAAGGCCAUCGAUCGCGCUGAAAUUGGCAGAUUAACUAUGACACACGGCUCGCGCAGGGCGUGCAGGCCAAGCACAAGGUGGUCAUGGGCCCUCGAUGCUCCGGCCCAUGUCGGAGGCAUUUGCGCGGUGAACUGGGUGGUGUUUCCUUUCGCGGUAUUGCCGGGCAUCGACGCAGCGGGCCCGAGUUGGGAGUUGACGCAAGGACAUUCCACGGACGAGGAGGAGGGAUCAGGAUCAAAUUCUGAAAGAGGGAGGGCGGGGCCGGUGGAGGGGGACGGAGGCAUUCUGCCAGAUCAACUCCGACCGAAAGCAGGCAAGGCCUCGACGCCUAUACACAUGCUAAUCCCUCGCGACCGCGACGCCCUCCCCCCGCUCCAGCCCGCCCCCCCACGCUACUCCUAUUCCAACCCAGACCCACCCUCCGCUCUCCUCCUCACCCAGCCUAAUGCCUCCUCCUCGUCCCAGCCACCCCCGGCUGCGUCCGCCGUCCCCGCCCCAAAGCGGCGCCAUGUCUGCCACACCUGCGACCGCACCUUUACCACCAGCGGCCACCUUGCGCGCCACACCCGCGUGCACACCGGCGAGCGCAACCACAAGUGCCCCUUCCCGGGCUGUGAGACGCGCUGCUCGCGCCAGGACAAUCUGCAGCAACACUAUCGCAUACACCUGUCUCCCGGCUCGCGCAGGAGCACUGGCACCGCAACAAGAGCCGCCAUGACCCGAGCGCUAAGCACCUCUGAACGCUCGACCCCAGGCAUCCGUGACACUCCCCACGGAGGCCCACGCGCCCUCGGCUCGUCCCCACCCUCGCCCCGCCUUUCCCCGCCCCGCCGGCCCGAUCCACCCAACACCCCUCCACUCCUCACACAGGCGCCUCUCCCUCUCGUCCUCACCCCUGCAGACGAGCCCGUGCCCCCACCUUCAGGCACCGUCUCCAGCCGCUCCUCGACGACCUCGACGCCCGACAAUGCGUACCGCCCUCCCCACGCCCGGCCGCCGAUAUUUCAUUCUGCCGAAUCCCAGCGCCCGGCUGACUCGCUCCAGUCGCCUGACCUCCAGUACCCGUCAUCUCAAGCCAUUUAUGCCUCUCCGGUCUCCGAGACGCACAGUCAGGACGGCUGGGCUCCUGCCGACCCGCACUAUGUGCGCGAUUACAUCUCUCAUAGCACAUUGGGCGGCCACACGAGCGCGCCACCCUCGCCUGCCGAGAGCCCCGGCGGCCAGUCUUCGUAUUACACUCGCCCUGCGUACUCCAUGCAGGGCGACUACCAGCUGCAAUAUUCAGAGCCUUCUGCCGACAUGCAGUACGCGCAGUCAGCUGGCGUGCCCCACCAGGGGCACGCGCAAAUGCACGCCACGGGCUCCAUGGGCUCGUCGCGCCUCUCAAUCGCGCACAUCUCGCCGCCGCGCCCCCGUCUCUCGCCGCUUGCGCAGGAGAGCAUGUCGCCGUUCUCCUCGCACCCAUCCACGCCCAGCUACCCCCCGCCCGGCGCAUUCCCGAUGACGCGGCUGCAGCCGUCGAGCCGUGUGUCCGCGAGCCCCCAGGGCAGCCCGUCGACAGAGCGCCAAGGCGGCGAGGGCAUGCUCGUGCGCCCGCCGUACCACCACGCGACGUACCCAGAAUACGCGCACGCGCGCUCGAUGUCUGGGCCUGCGCCCACGCAUCCCGAGUAUGCCGACUCACUCGCGGUGCACCACUCGGCACAGCAGCAGCAUCAGCAGCACUAUGUGCAUUCGCAGAGCCUCCCGGUGUACCACAGUGCGCAGGGCGGGCACCGCGCGAAGCACAUCUCCCCGCCGCUCACGCUCGCGCCGAUCCAGGACCUGCGCGGCGGCCCAGACCUGAGCUAUGACGCGCGCGCGCGCGUGUCGCCCACGCGAUCGCAGCAGCAGCCGCCAGGCAGCAGCAACGCGCACGGCGACACGCAGACGCACCCAUACUACCACCAGGGUCCCCAGCAGAUCGCGGAGCCUGUGUACCGUGACCUGCGUUCCCAUAUCGAGGCGGGCCUGACGGCCGCUGAUCAUGAGCAGGGUGUGGGGCCGCCACAUGCAGCGGGCAAUUACGUGCCGCUACACCAGCCGCGGCCGCACCACGCGGGGUACGCGCAGCAGGAGCAGGAGUAUGAGUACGACCCGCCGCCAGCGCUCGUGGCGGCGCCGGAGAGCGAGUGGCGGGUAGACAGCAGCGGGCGGCGGCGGGGUCCGCUCGCGCGGUGA